AUGAACGGCCCGCCGCCGGGAGAGGCAUCGACAUCCUCGUCACCCACACAGAGCCGCUUCACCCGAUCGUCGUCGACAGCGGCCGCCACCCCCUCUGCUCCACCGCUCGUUCCCCUCGACAAGCACCUGUACACCCAGCCCGACUAUGCGGUCAAGACGAGGGAUGAGCGCAUCCCGCACAUAGAGACGAAGCAUGCGGGCCUGACGGCGCUCAGGAGGGUGUUUGUCGGACCGAGUUUCACGGCGGGACAUGGUUCCGCAGGUUCCGCUUCGAGCGCGCCGAUGGGCAAGGGGAAAGCUCGCGCGCUGGAUCACGAGGAGGAGGGGGACGUCUUCGCGAGCGGAGCGGCGACGCCGCACCAUCCUGGCCUGUCAUUCCCGAUGCGGAGGAGACGCAGGGCUUCCACCGCUCUGAGCAUUGCGACGACGAAGACGGGCCAGACGGUCACGUCCUCCGUGCAGGGGAGCACUGGCGGCGGAGAACACAGUCGCCUGCACGAGUGGACUGGCACGAGCUUCGAGAUUGGCGGCGACAUCCGCGAUGCGGCGAGACGUCGCGACGCUCGUCUCGCUCGUCAGCGCGAGGACGCUGACGAGCACGCUCAGCGUGAGCGAAAAGGCUCGCACUCGCCUUUGAGCGUUCGCGAGAGGAAAGACUCGCUCGCAAGUGGCCAGUUUCUCGAGCACCUUACAGCGACUCCGCCCACCUCGAUGCCGCCUCGAAGUCCUGCUGCCACAACUGCCACAGGCGCCUCAUUCGUCACAGCGCAGACGCAUCUCCCCCGUCGCGCAUCCGCUUUUGAGCACCGCUCGCCACCGCCGGUCGGGCGCGAGCGACGGUUCUCCCAGCCGAUCAGGCGAGCAUCCCGCGUCAGCUUCAGCGACGGCGCAGCGACGUCAGACGGCGUCGUCUUCGGGACGCCGGACAAGCGCAUCCCACUACCACCCUUGCGGUCCAUCUUGCGCGCCAAAUCGUCUUUCGCGCACGACGACGCCUUCUCAGACGAGCUGGAGAUCAUCGACGAACCUCGGACGCCAACCUCCGAACGCCCCGCACCUCUCUACGCGUCUGUUCGCUUCCCCGAACCGCACGCCCCACCCAAUAUUCCUUCGCCGUUGAGAUCCGGCGCCGACCCUCCAGCACCUCCCGAGAUCGUUCUCGCUCGACCCGACACGAACACGCCGCGUUCGUCGAUGGCGACCGACCGUUCUGCCCCAGCCGGGCUCGGGCUUCCGAACGGCGAUGCAGAGCCAAAGCAGCCUCAUCGGCCUUGGUGGAAGAAGCGCUCGGCCGACGCCGUCUUGCGCAAGGAGCGCAUGCUUGUCCGGCGCGAUUGGACGCACAGAGAGGACUUGCCCGAUACAUAUGACGAGCACGUCGCGAGGAAGUACCCGUCGGUGAGCGAGACGUGGCAGGAGCUGGCGGUCGUCUGGCGUGCGAGCGGGCAGAUCGAGUUGUGGGGCGAGCCGUCCUUCAAGUUGCCGAUGGUCUCCGGCAGCAAGAAGCUCCGAGGCGUCAUUCCCCUGCACCCGAAGAAGACGCACGUUACGCUCUAUUCCGCCACCGACCUCGUCUUCUGCCUCACCCAUCGCCCGACCCCUCAUCACGUCCUCUCGCGUCAGUCGGCGCGGUAUCCCCACCACCACGACGACGAGGACGAUGCGGACGAGAAGGGCGACGGCCAGCACCGCAAGACUCGCUUCACGAAAGCGACCAAGCGAGGCUACGUCCAUCUCGGCUCGACCGGCACCAACAUCUAUCUCUUCCGCGCUCGCACGCACAGCACGGCCAAGGCGUGGAUCUGGCAUCUUUAUCGCGCUCUCGGCGGCCAGCUCCCGUCUGCGAUUGAGGUUACGGUGCCAGGUCUCGGAGCCAAGCUCCGCCUCCCGCUUCCCAAGGGCUGCGAUUACGAGGAAGACGUCGAUCUCGGCGAGCAUGCGGACGACGACCUCGAAGGGAACGCCUACCGUCACUUGCAGCCGUCGGCUGUCGUUGACGCCUGCAUCGAGCAGCUUGCUGGCGUGCGGGAAUGGAAGGACCUUGUCGAGGACGCAAAGCGGAUGGGUGCCGACUUCAGGCUCGCAUGGCGGAACGGCGCCAUCCUCGACUGGAUUCAGCCCGAGAUGGCGGAGCAGGGGAAGUGCGACUUCUCCGUCGUCGGAGGCGUCGCGUUUCGUCAAGCCCGCUUUCAGUCCGUUCUUGAGCUUCGUCCUGCCGCUCACUACCCGACUACUUGCCGCAUCCCCGCUCACGAGGGCGCCUCAGGCUCGCACAUCUCGUCGACCGUCCGGAUCUCCGAGCCUCCCGGCAUCGAAGGCUUCCUCGUCAGGCACCGUCCGAAUGGCACGCCCGAGCGCGUCUACCUUUCGUCCCGCAUGGGCUUGCUCUUCGUCUGCCGCCCUUCCGCUGCACAUCCGCCCGACCCGCCAAUGCCCGUCUACGAAGCGCUCAACAACCCCGCUGCCGUCGUUCUCGCCCCCUUUGUCUUCGGCAUGGCUUCGCUCGCUCAGCCGAACAAGAAAAAGCGCGAGAAGCUGUGGGACCGACUUGCGGCAGGCAACGUCCGAAGUCGGGCGCACAAGCAGCAGAACAAGCGGGAUUGGACGCUGCGCAGCAUGUACGCCGCUGCCGACGGCAAGGUUGGCGAUGAUGGCGACGACGGCGCAGCGAGCUGGGACGGGGACAAGAUGAUCGAGUGGCUCGAGACGGAGGAGAAGAAGCGUGCUUUCCUCCAGAUCACCGACGCGCGCGGGUUCUGCAGCCUGAGCGAGCUCGCGUCGGUCGAGCCGGAACUCGAAGACGACCCUCGUCAGCAGUUCGCUCGAGUCGCCGAUCUUGGCGGCAACGAGGGACUGCAGGCCGCCGACGACAAGGCCAAGCUGCGCAAGAUGCGCUCGUUUGUCAUCAAGACCCAGCAGGGGACGACGGCUCGGUUCGAGUGCCACUCGAUCGAGGUCCGCGAAGAAUGGGUCGCCCGGCUCCGCGCUCUUGCGACGUACUGGCGACGCCGCGAGCGAGUCGACGCGAACCAGCUCAUGGAGCUGUCGGCCAAUUCCGGCCUCAUCAACCCGAUCCCGGCUCGCGGAGCGCACCGUCGACACGCCUACGAAGACGACCCGGACGACGAAGGCCUCCCUCCGCCAACUCGCAACGAGGUACUCUCGAGCCCUCACCUCACCCACCUCUUCAACUGGUGUCUCCUCGACGGGUGCCGUACGCUCAUGCAGCAGCGGACGAUGUACGUCAAGCAAGGCUUGCGCGGCGUCUUCCGUCUCCGGCACGUCGUUCUCCUCCACGGCGUCCUGAUCGAGUACCAGUCCAUCGUGCGCGACAUCAAGGGCCAGCCUCUCCCGACGCCCUACCACCGCCGCCGACACAUCGUCCACCUGCGAGAUUGCUACGUCUACAGCGGUGCGCUCGCAAGCCACCUUCUCCCGCGACUUGGCAACACGAUGGGCUGGACGCCUGGCGACGAGACCGAACACCAGUUCCCGCGCUGCUACCCUUCCUCCGACGGCUUGCGCACAGCCGACGACCGCGAAGACUGCACCUUUGUCGUCGUGAAGAUCAAGCACUCGAAGAGCGGCAAGGGCGACAAGCUGGGCAUGAAGGGCGUCGAUGCGCGAGUCUACCGGACCCGGUCAAAGCUUGAGCGCGACCAGUUUGUCUACGCCCUCAACGCCAGCAUCGAACGGCUCCUUCGCGGCGAACAGGAGCGCGAGAACCGCCUCCGCAACUUUGCCUGGCUCCAGCACCACUAG